AUGGUAUAUUGUUAUGCGAUCGGGUGCAAUCAUCGGACAGCAGGUGCAAAUUCUUGCAGCCUUUUUAGAUUUCCUGCGGCAGACAGAGAGGUCAACAGCCAUGACAGAACUUGCAGCUGUCACUUUGUUCAAGGAGAAUGGACCAACAAUUUUUGUGUACAGCAAAACUUUCAAGAAUUGAAAAAGAACAUUCGUGAACUGGAAAACGAGCUCAGAGCGCUUAAAAUGCAGAAAAGUGGAUUCUCCAUAAAUGGUAUUUUAAAUGAAACAGGCAAGUCUGGCUUGACAGUGUCAUGUUUUACGAUUGAGGACCAACUCCUCAUGACAUUGAUGAAGCUGCGGCUUAACUGUAAGGACUUGGAUAGGACAGUUUGGUUCAAUACUAGCAGCGGCACUGUUUCAAAUAUCAUUAAUACCUUCAUCUGUGUGUUACAUGAAAUUUUAUUUGAAGGAGUUCUACAGAGUGUUGGAAUACCAAGUCAACUUAAAUGUAAAGGGUCUAUGCCAAAAUCUUUUAAGAAUUUUAGUUCUGCAAGGAUAGCAAUUGAUGCAACAGAAAUAAUACAAGAUGUUCCAUCUGAUAUGAACUCUCAAGCUCUUUCCUACAGUAAUUACAAAAGCAGACAUACUGUUAAAGCGGUUACUUGUGUGGCACCAAAUGCAUCUUUAGUAUAUUGUUCGGAUCUUUAUCCUGGCUCUACAUCAGAUUCAGCUAUUGUAAAACACUGUAAAGUUUUAGACCAGCUACAGCCAGGUGAUAUGAUUUUAGCAGAUAAAGGUUUUAAUAUUUUUGAUAAACUUUUAUCUAUGGUCUCGUUAAAGAUCCCACCUUUUCUUUCAAGUAAAGGUCAUUUCACAAAGAAAGAGGCUGAACUUUGCUUAAAGAUAGGAAGGAGCAGAAUCCAUGUAGAACGAGCCAAUGAAAGGAUAAAGAACUAUGAUAUUUUUAACCAUAUUCCGUCACAAUAUAGGCACUUGUCAAACAAAAUAUAUCAACUAUGUUGA